AAUCACAGCAAUUAAAAGCUGAUUAAAUUCUUUAGCUCUUACAUGCAACUGGUCUAUUAUAAUUAUAGACUCCACUUUUAGAGGUGUGUCAAUCUAAAGAUUAGAGAUAGCUAGCUAGCUAUACUAAGAUUGGGAUAGACUAAGAGUCCAUAGUCAUCUACAUGAAGUUAUACAGCCUGUUAUGCGUCGCUCUUCUCCUGGGGAUCGUCCAAGGAGAGGCCCUGAGCAAUUUUAUUCGUCACUACGAGCCUCUCACUUACGAUAGCGAGUCGUUGCUAUGGAACCAUCACAAAAUGAGACGCAGUAUGGUGGGGGAGAAGUCUCUAGAACCACAGUUCACUGCCUUUGGAAGGGACUUCAAACUGCUGUUAACAAUAAUUGUUACGAUUCUCUUUAGGGACUUCAAACUGCUGUUGAAACCUGAGACCCAUUUCUUCCACAAGAACUUCACCCUAGCCAUUGACGGACAGAAAUCAAGCAGUCAAUUGGCCAAAAUCCAUUUGUACAGCGGCAUUGAUCACAAUGACCCUUCUGUUCGUGUCCAUGGCAACCUGGCUCAUGAGGUGUUUGACGGAACGAUUAUUGCCGACGAGGAGAUGUACCAUAUUGAACCCUCGCGCAGAUAUCUUCGAGAUGCAAGUCACCACAGUGUCAUUUAUCAGCACUCAGAUCUCGACUUAUCCACUGUUUCCAGGGCAACCUGUGGCUCCUCCCAUGAAGCCUUACGCAGGGAACUUCUACAAUUGCAAGACUCUGUCAUCCGUAGUGCUGAGUCAGCAAGACUUCAAAAACGCCAGACAACAGGGUUCGAUUCCACUCUGGUUAGAUGUUGGCUGUAUGCGAUUGCUGAUUACAAAUUUGUGACUGCUUUGGAAGCAGCUGGAGACAAUCCACUGAGCGUGAUGUCAACUAUUAUAUUGACGGGAAGCAGAAUACUUGAGCGUACCGACUUUGACGAUGACGGGUUGGCUGACGGCAUUCAUUUUGGUAUUCUUGGUAUGGAGGUCGAGAACACUCCUCCUGCUAGUGGCACUUUCUACGAUAACCAGUUUAUUAGUGUACUGGAAUUUCUCAACGAGCACUCGACAGCUGAUUGGUCGCAGUACUGUCUGAGUUAUCGGUUCACUAGUCGUGAUUUUGAUAAUGGUGUUGUAGGAUUAGCAUACGUGGCACCACAACCUGGAGUCAAUGCAGCAGGUGGCAUCUGUGAGAACAUUCAGACCUUCCCUGGAGAUGCGAACCAGACUUUCUCUGGAGGUGUGAACCGGACCCUCAAUACGGGGAUUGUGAGCAUCUUAAACUACAACACUCGCAUCCCUUCUGCCAUAGCCGCGUUCACCUUCGCACACGAGGCAGGACACAACUUCGGCUCAACACAUGACCCCCCUAUGGACCCCCCUGAGGCUGGCGGUGUGUAUCUAAUGGACGCAUUCCCCUUAGAUGGUAGUCAGCCCAACAACGAUCAGUUCUCUCCACGCAGCCGAGCCGAGAUGUUGGGAGCUAUUCGUGAUCGUGGGCAGAGCUUAAGUGACGGUUGCUUAUUAGCAGACAGUCUGUGUGGUAACAAUCUCCUGGAUGAGGCGGAGGGGGAACAAUGUGAUUGUGGUCCCCUAGUGAAUAGUGACGGUAUCUGUACCGACAACCCGUGUUGUAAUGGCACUUCUUGUCUACUGACUACGAGUAUGAACUUUGAUUGCAUCAGUCCUUCCUUUCAAGUCUCUGAAUAUUAUGUUGAGAUAUCUGAAUCCGUUUUAUUUGGACAUUUGUUGAUUAUCGUGAUGGCCACUGAUGUGGAUACCGAAAACCUCACAUAUGACAUUACUAGUGGAAAUGAGCAAAAUAAGUUUUCACUUGAGCCUGACACUGGUCAACUAUUAGUCACAUCAUAUUUAGACUUUGAGGACACUCAGACUUACACACUGACAGUUAGAGCUACCGAUAAUGUCACCCCUCCAGCUUUUGCAAGCAUUACGGUGAACGUGCUUAAUGAAAAUGACAAUGCUCCAAUGUUUUCCAUGGCUGCUUAUUCCACGACUAUACCCGAGAAUACUCCACUCAACAUUACUGUGCUAUGUGUCGGUGCUAUAGACAGAGACAAUGACUCGUUGAUUGCUUACGCUCUGGCUGAAUCUGAUGUGUUUAGAGUUGACAGUUCGGGUGCAAUAUUUACACAGGAGAGGCUGGACUUUGAGAAUGCAUCCUCACACUCGUUCAUGGUCAUAGCAACAGACAAUGGCAAUCUGCAACUUUCAACAAUAGCUCCUGUGACAAUAUUUGUAGCUGCAAGAAAUGACACUACUAUUGACCUGGGUGCUGUUGGUUCUUCAUGUCCAGGUGUGAUGGUUUGUGAAGCUGAACAGGAUUCUGUCUGGUGGCUUUUCUUCCCUGUCACUGUGGCUGGCUUUUCCUAUUCCCGGCAAUGCCCACAAAAUGGAACGGGAACAACUUCAGGUACUGCGACUCGUUUCUGUACACUUAAAGGAAUGUGGGAAGCAGUGAAUAUUGAUAACUGUGCUAGGGAAGAAAUCAGUUUACUUAAUAACACGGCAAAUGAACUAUUUCUUAGAAAUGCCUCUCAGAAUGAAGUUGAUAACCUUCUUGUUUCUCUUGCGGAGGCUACUAAUGUCAAUGCAACAGGAGACUCCACCAUAUUCCCUCAAGACCUCAGCACUACUAAUUUGAUUGUCAAGUCAAGUGUGAAUUACCUAAUUCAGAACAUAGAGUCUGCUGGUCCCAUGUCCUCUCUCAAUUUUAGUGAAGGAGUUCUGAACAUUCUCAGCAAUGUUCUUGAUGAGAGGAAUACAGAAGGAUGGGAAAGAUUGCAAGAGGUAUAAUAAUGGCAAAGAGUUAUAUGGUCAGUAUGUGUCAUUGGCACUAAGGAG